CAACAUGGGAUUUUUUUUAAUCAUCCCUCUUAUUUUGUUAACAGUAUUAAGAUUUAGCAGAUUCUGCAAGGGGUGUGGAAACUUUUGGGCACGACUGUAGAUGGUGGGUUAAAAUGUUUGCAUGCAAAGCGUUCUAUGAUUAAAAAAAAGAAAAGAAAAAAAAAGAAAAAAAAAAGCGAUGAAGUAAAUAACUUCCGGUCAAAGGGCGCCGCAUGUAGGCUCUGUAUGAGGGGGCGUUGCUAAGCCCCGCCCACCUGUUACCUUGGAAACAUUAGUAUCUAACAUGUCCGGACUGGAGGGAGCGCGUGAGCGAGGAAAAUCAGCUGAAAACUCAAAAACUAUCAUUGACAACAUGGAUGCUCCUUUAAAUGUGAAUGAAGCAGGUGAGAUGUUUCUUCAGUGGCCAUGUCUAUCAUGUGAAAACAUCAAUGUGCUGAUGGAGCUUUCUGUGGACCAGGUGCAGCUCAUGACAAUUCAAAGCGAGGUCCAUGAAGACAUGGUUUGCCAGCGUUGGACUGGAAGAACUCAAGUGGCCUGCACAGAGCUCAUCCUAGUCAGGGUUGCAGUGGACCAGGAGUCUAUCAUGAGAACACUUGGCAUGAGACAAUUAGCGGAUGUACUUGAUUUGAAGAAACACCAAACUUGUGUGAAGGAGGGCUCGGUGUUGGACUACUUUGUUGCAGGAUUCUGGUGGGCCAAGGAGAUGACCUUCACAUGCCAGCAAAUCUCAUUCAUAAUGUCCCUCUUACAGCUGUUGCUUGACAACAUCAAAGACAAGCACAUGCCAUUUGCUGACAAUUUUAAGGAGUUCACCCGGACACUGCUCUCAUCUAGACAGUCAUCACCAUCGGCAAGCGCCACCGUUAAUCCGCUGUUCGAUGUGGAUCAAAUCAAAUCCAUUACGGAUUACUUCAGUAGCAGUCUUUUCCAGCAUUACAGACUCUACGAAUUCCUCUUCACUCACCCGAGAGACGACAUGCUGCUAGGAAUGGAGAGAUACAUCGAGGUAGUCAAUCCGGCUGACUUCGUCGCGCCGCUGGAGGAGGGAACACCAACUGAUGACCUCCAUCACAUAGCCCCCUCCCCGGUCGCGCCACCUGAUCAGGAUUCAGACGCGUGCGCGGAGAAGGACGAGGAAGAGUCGGAUGAAUGCGAACAGGUAGAGACACUCGAAAGCCGGGAGGGUUUCAGUGUGGGAGAUGUGCGAGAAGUGCUUGAGGAAAUGACCAGAGAGAUGCUGGGAAAGCUGCAGGAAGAUUUCACAGAGAAGCUGCGCAUCCAGGAAGAGACCUACACGGCCAGGUUAGAGAGUCUCAAGAGGCUGACGUCCAAAUAAACGUCUGCUGAAGAAAAGGGAAACAUCCACCUUUUCUUUUUCUUUUUAGUUAUGACACCAGGAGUUCUAACGUAAAACCAGUACAAAUAUGUACUAAUACGCUUAAGAAGUGCUUUAUAAAAGUCUUAAGUAAGGAAUAAAACAUGGCAGUGCGUACUGUUAAAGGAAAAUAAUUUCCAGUAAGAGCACCUCCUUUAUAAUUUAUUAAUAAAUGACACCUUAUGUUUUUAAAAAAAAAUACAUUUAUAGUUACAUAUAAAGUUGUGGAAUGUCCAGGAAACAAGUUCAUUUCCUGUUUCUACUUACAGCAGCGAUAAACAGCCGUCCAUUCACCAGCUUCUAUUUUUUUUUUCCUUUUUAGAUGUUAAUAAGGCAAAUAAUAAUAAUAAUAAUGAUGCUUUUCAUGUCAAAACACAAACUGAGACUCCUUCCAUAAACGUUAAGUAAAAGUCUCCUUACAGAAAGCUUCACCCUAUCAACGAUUAGACAUUUUUCUUUAUCGAAUAACGACAGGUAUUUAACCUGUUUAUUAUUAGGCUUAGGUUAUGUGGAGCCUCGGCUGUAUAAGUCCUCGUGCACGAGCUGUUACUAUAGAAACGGUAAUGCGUUCGAACAAGGGCAUUAAGGUGAAUCUGUGCUUUGACUUGCAGCCGGAACUACUGACAAAGCUGCUGUUAUAGAAAAUGAAUUCAGACAACUUCUGACCAGUCGAAUUUGAGAAUUCAGCGUCGCUGUGAUAUAAAGCAAAUAAAAAAUACAACUGAAAGAACAAACUGAAAGCAACACACCUAACUUUGUGCAGUAAGGGUUCGGUUGGUUUCUGGAAUGACCAACGAACUGCUAUGCAGUUCAGCCUGAACAUAAUACAAAUUCAGUCGUGUUGUUUACGGAGCAGUGGAAUGUCACAUUACAGCGCUAAACAUUCCUGCGGACUUACUCGAUCAUAAAGAGUGCACUCAAAACAUGAAUUCAUCACCCUUACUUUAACUGAAGAAAGAUUUUACACAGAAUUUAAUUUAGUUCAUUCAAAAUUAAUCAGUUUAGACAGACAGACAGAUAGAUAGAUAGAUAGAUAGAUAGACAGAGAGAUAGACAGGCAGACAGAUAGAUAGACAGACAGACAGACAGAUAGACAGGCAGGCAGACAGAUAGAUAGACAGACAGACA